AGUCGGCCUCACUUCUAGGAAUUGACGGCCCGCGGGCAGUGCAGGGCAGUCUUCAAGGUCAUCUUGUCUGAGACGGCAACACCACCUCCGUCAGUCCACCAGUAAGAUACUCCCGCUCUUCCUGUCAGGUGAAGAACGUUUUAAAGAUGACACAAUUUUGGACCUUGUUGUUGCUGGCUUCUGUGUGUGUAUCAUUUGGUGCGACUUCCUGUCCAAAUCUUAGACUGAUGAAAAACUUCUCUACAGAUAAGUAUAUGGGAGUAUGGUACGAGAUCCAGGCUCAGCCCAACAUAUUCCAGUCGAUUAAGUCGUGUCUGGCAAGCAGCUACAAACGAGUUAAGACAGAGAUCCAUGUUUUAUCUGAAGGAUUGGACUCCAGCGGUGCUUCAACAACCACCAAAUCUAUUUUGAAAAUUGUGGACCCACAGAAUCCUGCUCACAUGGUCACUGACUUUGUUCCGGGAGUUGAACCUCCCUUUGAUAUUGUGGAUACCGACUAUAAGACUUUCUCUUGUGCUCAUUCCUGCCUCUCUAUUGUUGGAAUAAAGACGGAGUUUGUCUUCAUUUACUCUCGUAACCGCACCCUAAGAUCUAACUCAACCCAACACUGUCUUAGCAUAUUUGAGAGUUAUGGCAUCGACUUGUCUAGCUUGGUGAACACUCCACAGAGGAACUGUCAUUCUCGUCAUGAUCUAUAAAUUCACCAACACUUCAAAAUGUGGAUGGGACAUUGAGAUUAACCUAAUACAAAAGGCAGUAAGAUGAUGAAAGUUCUAUAAGUGUCAUGUAUGAAGAGGCUUUGCUCCAAGAGGGAACCUACAAGACAAUGUAAUAAUGUUCGUUAUGUGUAUAUACAGGAGGCAGUAGCCAAGUUCCUUGUUUAAAAUAGUGUUACAUGGACAGGUAAGCCUUUAAAUGUUAUACUAGAAAAUUUUGUAUAAAAAUAUCAUACUUGACAUACUGUAUAAUACAGUGUUUUGUAUUAUAGUAGCAUUAAAAUUAACUUGUCUAAUAAAAUAUAUCAGAA